GCGCAUUUGUGGGCGUUUACGUGAGGUUUACAUGGAUUAGAUUAUUAGCGAAUUAAAACGCUUCCCUCCAUGAAGCAGUCUCCUGAUUGGCUGAUGUUGGCGCUUAUUUGCAUAAAGUUGAGCCUCGCUAAACUCCGAGCGCUCAGGAGUGACAUUGCGCAUGCGCUGUCCGGGAAGUUUCGCUCUGAGUAAUGUAAAAAGUCAUUUCUAAGACAGACAGAUCAGCUAUUCUCACUCUUCCUUCCUAAAAACAGAUUGUAAGCAGCUGAAAACUACUUUGUACACUUGAAGCAUUCAUAAUACAGAAGUUCUACAUGUUUUACAACUGGACAGAUGUGAAGCUGUGCACAUAAUACAAAGAGCUAAACACAGUUACAUGACCUGAGCACAGCAGCCUUUUGUAUGAUAAAUAAUGCAUUUCAAUUAUAAUUGACUCAGAUAGAAGAUUAGACUGAUCAGUUAUUCUCAGAGAGUUUGAACAUCCAGAGCGAUGAAUUUAGUAGGACAAUAUACACUGCUGUUUUUUGAUGUGAUAAUGAUGAGGGUCUUAACAUUCAACUAACAUCAGUCAAUUUGAUUAAAAUCCAGAAGUAAAGAAAGGAAGCAGCAAAAUGACAUCCUCAAGCAGCAACCCCUUUAGGAUGCCCAGGAACCUUACAAAGUUCAGGAUCCAGGAAGAAGAAGAGAAGAGACAGGAGCGGAGAAGACAGCACACUCUGAAAGUGCAUGAGAAGGGGCUUAAACCCAGAGAGAGCAGGCGUGCGAUUGUGUCACGCUAUUUACAGGAGAUUGAGCAGGAGGAGCAGAAGGAAGAGGAGGAGAGAAUAUGGGGUGGUGAAGCCUACAUCGCUCCCCCAAAGACACACAAACCACUCGAAUGGGACUAUUACCACAUGGGGACUGUGAGAGACUUCAUUGAGACGGAGCAAGAGAUUUCUCGACUGAAGUACUCUAUUGCAGUGGGGCGAGAGACAAUUCAGGGUCUGAAAGGGCAGGUACCCUUGCAUGAAGAGGAGAUGGCAAAGGCAGAGCAUCGCUUUAGUGAAGAAGCGUUUGCGAAGUAUGUCAAGGAGGAAGAGAAGAAGACGAUGCUGGCUUUAAAAAUGGCUGAAGAAGAGAGCAAAGCCAUACUGGAGACAAGGGAAAAGAUCCAGAGGACCAAUAAUGAAAUUGUAAAAGUUAAAAAGGAAAUUGUCAGGUACCAGGAAAUGCUGAAUUACGAUCAAAAGUGUCGGGAGUUUCUCUGGAAGCUCUCACCCCCUCAGUGGCAGAAGCAGCAGGAAGCCAGGAAGCAGAUAGCUGAGAAAAUCAAGGCUGCUGCAGAAGAGAAGGAACCAGCUACACAAGCGAACCUGCGUCGAAGCAGUGGCUGUAGUCCAGGGCUUCCCGCAAUUCAGAAUUCUCAUUCCACGUUCUUCUCUAUGGAAAGUUGCAAACCCAGUGAGAAGAUGCCUCAAGAGGACGAGGGGAUUGUGGGAAACCUGGAGGUCUAUGAGAAACCUCAGAUCUAUUUCACGGACCCUAAGCAGCUGCUGAACAUCAUGGCAGAGAUGGAGGAAGAGACCAAUCAUCUCUGGACCAAACUCCUCGCUCUGAAAAAACCUCUGAGGUGUUUGUGUACAUGCAGGGAGAAGGAGGCUGCUCGGGUUUCUAAGGAGAUUGACUACCUCACUAACUGCAUUAACGCAAACAAAGCGAAAGCAGCAGAAAUACAGGAAAAAGUCAAACUUUUCAACAUGAGCGAAGACAGUGUUGAAAGAAAGAAUGCAGUCCUGAAGCAGUUGCACCAGAAGAUAAAAGAGGUGUACAGUGUCUGCAUGGGAUGUUCACAAGACACUGCGACCUCAUGUCAGCUACUCGGAACCAUCGAGAUGUACUUGUAUGACCUGCUGGAAAAGUUCGACAGACUUCCGGCGGAGGAGUUAAAAACCAUAAUGAAGGAGUACCGCAGAGAGAAGUUAGCCAGGGCUAAAAAAGAGGAAGAACUGCUGAAGGAGUUGGCUCAGCAGGAAAGGUGGAGACAGCGUGCUGAAGUGAUGCGACAGCGGGCUCUGGCAGAAGUUAAGAAACCUAUGGUAAAGAAAGUAAUGUGGCGGUCAUGGCUAGAGAAGAAAGUCCCCAGAGAACAGGAGAAAGCCGACCUCGCCAAGAAGGAGAAAGACCUUGAAAGCUACUUUUUCGAAGAGUAACACUGUACUAUAAGGUCCAGAAAUAAGCAUUUAAUAGUUUCUUGUUUUAUUAAUGCCAUCAUCCUUAGCAAAUCAGGAAAUAAUGAAGCGCCCCAAUUCUAAACCAAACCCAGGACAGGAUAUGUGUGUGGCGGCCUGUAAAAACCUGCCGGAAGUCACUAAGGCUGAAUUCUAGCUCUCGGUUCUUGCUGGUGAGUGUUGUGAGGUCACCUUCAGUUCUUUCAGCGCUAGAAUAGGAUGGAGGUCAGCAUCCUUUUUCUGAACAAGAAAAAACGUUUAGCAGAACACCUUGUUCUACUUUCUUGAUCGCACCUCUGUCCAAGGAGGAAAGAACACCUUGUGCCAGAGCAGCAGCUUUUUCAGGGUCUGAAAUUGGUGAGGCCUUGAAGUCUGAGAAGUUUAGUGGUCAAUGGUGGACCUGGAGUUCACAGGUAUUCCUGUGAUAUGGUUGUCAAGAUGAAAUCUACUGAUCGGAUGAAGUUGCUUGGGAAACACUUUAAAAUUCACUCACGGCUGCUGAGGAUGGCCCCACAUGAAUAGCCUAUUGACAGUAUAAUCCCACUAUAGUGUGUCACUCAGAAGAGGAUGGGUUCUGUUCUGAGUCUAGUUCCUCUCAAGGUUUCUUCCUCAUAUCCUCUCAGGGAGUAUUUCCUUCCCACAGUCACCUCUGGCUUGCUCAUUAGGGAUCUAAAUCUAUAACUGGAUUAAUGUAAAGCUACAUUAUUUACUGAUUAUUUAUGUUUAGCUUUAUACUAAAAUAUUAAUAUUAUUUUUGGACCUUAUUGUGAGGUGUUAACCGAAUAAAGUGUUUCCACACUGCAUCAGCGUUUAGUCAUGGUUCUGUACAAUUAACAAGACAGAAUAUAUUUUAAAUAUACAUGCCAUUGCCUCACUGAC